CAACAACAAAAAUUGGAUAAAAUGAGUACGUACCGCUUGAUAAUCAUCACAGUAAAUACCCUAUUCUCCGACAAAAUUGACCAUUUUUUAGGAUCCGGACAGAGAUUCAACAGUUUUCUAGGGAAAACCAAAGAAAAGUUUUUUGAAGGCAGAUCGGACUUAGCCGCAACCAACAAAACAACUACUUCCAAGAUUUUUGGGUGGGGAGGGGGAUGGGUAGAGUGAGAAACUUAGAGAGAGAGAGGAGAUUGUGUUUGGUGUGAAGAAAAUGAGAGGAAGGGUGUGGGUAUUUAUAGGGGUGGAACCGCGUGCUGGAUGGGCGGUUUGGUAUUUUUACCCCCACUAAAAACCGCGCCUCUGGCACACGGUUUACGCUUCCCAACUCGCAAACCGCGCCCUUGGGCAACGGUUAUCAAUCCACUACGCGGAUCGCUCCGCUGGCAGGAGGUUAGCCGUCAGGUCGCCUGCCCAUCACGCGGUUGUAUAGACCGCCACGUAGAGGCGCGUUUUGGCAGCUGCCCAAUGGUAAACCGCCCCUUGCCCGCGCGGUUUGAAUGAGAACCGCACCUUCGAGGCGCGGUUUAUGUGGAUGGUGGUAGAUUUGGAAUUUCUUCGGAAUGGGUGGUACUUUUGUAUAAAAAUAAAUAGUUGUAGUUUUGGAUUUUUUUUCCGGAAAAAGGCAUCUAAUUAGGUCUGCUGAUUGUUUAGAGUUAAUUAGGUUGUUAAUAUUUAAAUUAGAGAGCUGUAUGUUACCUAUUAGUGGCGCUUAAGAGUUAAGUGUCCUGCUUAAUUUACUUUACAUGAAUCAUAUACUAGUUAAUUGACCUGAAUCUACUGCAGAGUCGCCACGUGGAGCCAUCAGCCAUAGUAAGGUAUAAUUGGCCGUAGUGAAUUCCUUGGAAAAACCAGUUCAAAGAGUGGAUGAGUUGUAUUGUAGUUUGGAAGUUUGUUUGCAUUUGUUAUGUACAGAAAAGAAAGCCAGCAGGAAAAUUUCGUUGGCAAAAACCAAAAACAAAGAGGAGGUUGAACGAAUCAAACGUUCAAAAUGCAAACUGAAAGAUUAUAUUAAACAAAAAACAAAAAAGUGCUACAUUACCAACUAGCAUUGACGAAAGAAAAGGUUUGUUUGCCAAAGUAUGGCCACGUCAGGAAAAUAUGAGGGCAGGAAUGUUCUCAAAUUAUUGGAUUUGGUUAUAUGUUUUAGCUGACGAGAUACUAGCAUCAAACAAAGAAGAUGCGAGAUUUGGAUCCUGAAAAUGUGUAUACAUAAUAUGACAAUAUAUAAUAAUGGGUUAAUUGCAAGGAUGGUCACUGGGUUUACUAAAACCGUUUAUGUUUGGUCAUUGCAAAUAUUUAAUUCCAUUCAUGGUCACUAAGAUUAGUUCAAUAGUUCAAGUUUGGUCACUCUCCGUUAGUCUCCGUUAGUUUUUGCUGAUGUGGCAGUCAACUAUUAUAGUUGACCGUUAAUGAGUGACGUGGCCAUUAAAAAAUAAUAAAAUAAUAAAAUUUAAAUAGUUACCAUUUCCACCUCAUUUUACAAUUGUUAAAAAUAAAAAUAAAACUUACCUCCCGAAAAGUACACAGGAAAAACCAAACCAUCAACAAGAAAGCCAUCCCGCCGGCCGCAAGAACCAAUCCAGAGAACACUCAUUGCACAAACUCACCAUGGCGGUGUUGUCCACCACCGCAAUUUCGGCUUCGAAUGUCGCUCGCUCUACUGCUUCUUCCUCCUCCGAGCCCAAAUGUACAUUUGUGAUUCCAUUUACACUCUAAUUUCUGGCUGAUAUCGUCGUAUUUGCUCCCGUCGAUUGUCUGAUUGAGUUUGCGUUUAUUGAUUUUUUUCCCCUUCUGAUUUGUUUAGCUCUACGAAUCGGCUCGUUCCGGUUGUUGGAUCAUCCCUCCACCGCCACCGCCGUCAACCUAUCUUCUUCUCGUAAGCGCUCGUUCGCUGUAAGACCGGUGAAUGCUGAGCCGAAGCGUAACGAUGGAAUCGUUUCUCUCGCCACCGCCGUCGCCCCUGACCGCUUCCUCUACUCUCUCGACAUCUCCGCCGCCGCGCCCCGCUAAGUCCGCUCCCUCCUUCGCCACAUUUCCCCCGCUCUGCUCCCGGCCAACUCCCUCCGCGGCCGGGGCGAUUCCUGACAUUCUCCUCCCCGGGCACCGCCUCUUGAUAAUCGGCGGCUGCUGCUCCCCGCUCAUCCUCAGAAACGGCACCGUCGUGGACCAGUCGGUGUUGUCCGUGGACGGCGUCCGCGUCUUGGAUCCGGAUCUUUACGUUGGGGUCGACCGUCGCCGCUCACGGACUCGUCGAGAUUCUAGGUGGAUCGGACGAAGAUGACUUGAAUUUCGAGGAGCUUGAUGACGGGGAAAGUUAUGGCGACGAUGGAUUCUUCUGGUAUCCGAGCUCUGCUUGGCCGUCGGUGUAGAUGCCUGAGAGAAAUCGAAGGAGGGGGAGAGAAACCUAAAGGAGGGGGAGAGAAAUCGGAGGGAUCAGAAUCGCAUAGAUGACGGAGGUAAGUUUUAUUUUUAUUUUUAUGUUUUAAUAGUUGUAAAAUGAGGUGGAAAUUGUAAAUAUUUAAAUUUUAUUAUUUUUUAUUGGUCACGUCACUCAUUUAACGGUCAACUAUAUUAGUUGACUGCCACAUCAGCAAAAACUAACGAAGAUUAACGGAGAGUGACCAAACUUGAACUAUUGAACUAAUCUUAGUGACCAUGAAUGAAAUUAAAUAUUUGCA